AUAAGGAUAUGGAUGGCUAUCGGUUUUCCUGGAGGAAGAAUGGUGACACCAUCCUUCAUUGUGCCAUUGCUGGGGACUACUUCGAUUUGGCAUUUCAAAUAAUUCGCUUGUAUCCGAAACUGGCACGCUCUGUAAAUCAGAAAGGACUCACACCUCUCCAUCUACUAGCGAGCAAUCCUUCAGCUUUUAGAAGCGGUAGCCACCUUGGAGGAUACUACAAAAUCAUUUAUCACUGCAUAUUGGUUGAUCCGCUCGAGGUGGAAGUACCAAUCAAGCAGCCAGAGAGAACCGAUAGUCCCCGGGAUAAAAAGAAUCUGAAUCCAGAGACGUACAGAGCUUGCAACGACUUGUUGCAAUUGUUUCGGAGAAUGGUACGAGGUGUGACAGGGAAAAACCGGAAUGGAGAGGAAACAGAGAAAAAGACUGAAAGAAAAGGUGGAGAGAAAACAGAUGCAGAGAACCCUGGACCAAACGCAGGACGUCCAGGGGUUGAACAAAACUUCUGGCUGGAACCAUCUGAUCAGCAGCUAAUGCGAAUGGAUAGUGGCGGGAACAAAAAGACUCCGGCUUAUCCAGAGAACUACAGAACCUGCAACGACUUCUCCAAAUUGUUGAGGAGAAUGGUUCUAGUUGGUAUGUGAAUGGUCAGAUUUUGAUAAUUAUCAGUAACACAUUUUGUAUCGGCCUUGUUU